AUGGCCGCACCAAGUCGCCGCGACUACCAAAACGUCCCCGCCGUCGACCUCGACGACGACGACGACGACGACCUGAUCGACCCCGAUGACGCCGACCUCAACACCUUCGACGACCCCCUCAACCAACGCACCACCGGCGGCACCAGCCACACCACCACCAACACCACCACCGCCCCCCCGCUCACAGGCAGCAUCGGCUCCACCACCUCGCGCCAACAAGCCAGCAGCUGGACCUCGCGCAUCCCCGGCGAGGACCGCACGAGCGCCUCCUCGGCGACCGCCUCCACCAUCGACGAGUCCGUGUGGGCGACGCUGCGCCGCGACCUGCUCGCCGUCUGGCGCAAGCUGCUCGAGGUGCUGUACCCGCGGCACCUGUUUGCGGCGUGGGGCGGGCCGGACUCGCUGCGCGGGGCGUACGCGUCGCUGCGCAGUGGGGGGUUUGCCGGGGCUAGGGAGGAGUUGGCGGGGCUUGCGGGCAGGGUGAUGGAUGCGGAGAGUUUGUUGGGGACGGGGAGUGGUGGGAAUGUAGGGAAUGCGGGGGGGGAGUUGGUGGGGGCUGGUGGUGGGUUGAGGGAUUGGGAUCUGUGGGGGCCGUUGGUGUUUUGCUUGCUGUUGAGCACGCUGCUGUGUCUGCAGAGUCGCGAGCAGCAGCGGGAGGUGGUGUUUAGUGGUGUGUUUGCUAUGGUGUGGGUGGGCAUGGCGGUUGUGACGGUGCAGAUCAAGUUGUUGGGGGGGAAUAUCUCCUUCGCGCAGAGCAUCUGCGUCAUCGGCUACACGCUGUUCCCGCUCGUCAUCGCGGCGCUGCUGUCGGCGCUGAAGCUGCACUGGAUUGCGCGCAUCCCGGUCUAUCUCGUCCUGGUGGCCUGGUCGAUGGCCGCGGGCGUCAGCAUCCUCGGCGGGAGCGGCGUGGUCAAGAACAGGGUCGGGCUGGCCGUCUAUCCGCUCUUCGUCUUCUACCUUGGCUUGGGGUGCCUCUGCUUUAUCAGCUAA